AUGUGGUCAAGUCCAAUGGAGCUGGCAGCAGCCAAUCAGAAUCCUCAGCCCUUGGCUCCGCCUUUGCUGCAGCAUGAAGGAGAGGCUGAACUGCAGUAUAAGCAGGCAAGAAAGGAGCGGAAUAAACUGUUCACCCCUGCACACAAAUACAUAUUUGAUAUGCUGGCUGACAGGCUGUCUCUGACACCAACAGAAGUAGAGGAAUUUAUUUUAGAUUCACCAUCUCUGGCUGCUUUUGAUCAUUUCUUUGCUGAAGGAGGUUGUAAGACUAUUUCAUUUGUGUAUCAGGAGGCUGAAGUCCCAGGAAUAGAGUGUGGGCGCACAUAUCCUGGACCAUCCGAAGGGGGAAAGGUCCUGAGGUUGUUUUUAGCUAAUCCAGCAAACACAUACCUCACGGGGAUUUGCUGUACAUUCACAAGGACUAGAGUGGAUAUUCCUGUGAAUCCAGAAAACAUACAUGAGGAAAUCUUUUUCUCAAUGAUUGAUGCCAGGGAUGGCAUUUCUAAAGGACUAAUGGAUUGCUACAGUAUGUUUCUACCAGCCCUUGAGGAAGGACAAGAUUGGGGUGUCUUAGAGAAGUCUAGUCAUGGAGCUAAGCUUAAAAAGAACUUCCUAUAUUCUUUUAAACACUGUCUAAGCUCUUUAGAUGAAAUCCAGAUGAACAAUGACAGCAUUGUUCAUCUGAAUACAGUUACCGAUAUCGACUUAUCCAAACUGGCCUGUCUUGGCGAUAUGAAAGUUGCAGCUGCCAACGCUGACACGGUGAAACGGCUUGAAGAAAUUCUGAAGCACUGGUGCAAACAAAUCGAACAGGUUCUGAUAGAGAGCGAUUUGUUGAGGGAAGAAGGUGGUUCAGUGGGGCCGCUGAGUGAGUUAGAACACUGGAAACGGAUGUUUUUAAGGUUCAACUCUAUUCUCAGUCAUAUCAAAAGCCCAGAGUGUAAAGCAGUGGUCACUGUGCUCCAUCACUGCCCUUGCAAAAUUAUGAAGGUAUGGCAGGACCUGGAAAACAGGGUAACAGGUCGUGUCAAUGAGGCACAAGACAAUGUAAAAUUCCUUUCCACACUGGAGAAAGUCUUGCAUCCACUGUACAACGGUGACCCAGUUUCCAUGGCAAAAGAUAUUCAGAAUGUCAUCAGUGCCAUUCACAUGAUUUACAGCUUUUCACGGUAUUACAAUACAAGUGAAAAGAUUUCUGGACUGCUUGUCAAAGUCACAAACCAGAUGGUUGCAGAGUGCAGAUCCUACAUUACUGACAAUGGUAAAUGUUCCAUAUGGGACCAAGAUGCUGAAGACCUCAUUAGGAAAAUGCAGGACUGCAUAUGUUUAUAUGAGAAGUAUCAGUCCUGCUUUCACCAAACAAAGUCACGAGCAGUGGAAAAACCUGGAAUGAGGGCCUUUGACGUUUCAGAGAUCCAGAUUUUCUGCAAGUUUGAAAGCUUCUGCAAGCAACUUGAAAAGAUCAAACAAAUUAUCACAGUGUUCAAAACAUAUGACUCUCUUGGAAAAUCGAACAUUGAAGGCAUUGAGAAUCUGGCCAGACAAUUCUGCACUGUAUGCAUGGAUUUGAAAAGGAAAGAGUACAAUAUAUUGGCUCCAAGGUCAACUGAAUUUGAAACUAAUUUUAUGAAAUUCAUGGAUCAAAUCAGCCACAUAGAGAACCAACUACAAAUAUUUAUGAGUUCAUGCUUCUCAAACAUAAUUUCAUCUCAGCAAGCUCUCUGCCUACUACAGCGUUUUCAGAAGCUAAACCUCCCCUGCAUUGACAAACAAAUUUCCAACCUUUUUGGUGUUGUUCUUCAGCAAUAUACAUCAGAAUUGGGGUUUGUAAAGAAGGUUUUUGACAAGCAGAAGGAGGACCCUCCAUUGUCAAGGAACAUGCCCCCAGUUGCUGGCAGGAUCAGCUGGGUCAGGCACCUCUAUAAAAAGAUAGAGGAACCCAUAUUAUACAUUAAAGACAACUCUGAUAUCCUGAGAACUCCUGAGGGAAAAGAUGUGGUCAGAAUGUACAAUCAAACUGCAUCUGGGAUGGUAGAAUUUGAGAUUAUUCUUCACCAAACAUGGUUGGAAAAGGUUUCCAAACUGGAUUCUGUCUUGAACACUAAAGUGCUGGUUCGACACCCAGAGACCGGGAAGUGGAUUGUCAAUUUAGAUCCUAAAGUAAAUGAAGUCAUUCGAGAAGCCAAGUGUUUGCUCAAAAUGGGUCUAAAGGUGCCAAAGCAGGCUUUACACCUUGUCAACACAGAAAGUAAAAUAAAUGCCAAUCACCUACGUCUAAAGACCAUCGUGGAGGAUUAUGAAUCCACAUGUGAGAGUAUACCUCCAGAUUUCAGCAGCUUGCUGGCUUCAAAAAUAAGAAAUGUGGAAUCUGCUCUUGGAGAUGGUUUAGUGCAGCUAACAUGGUCAUCCUUGCUCCUGGACAACUUCUUCCAAAAUCUUGACGUUACUUUGUUUGAGCUCAAAACUCUUGUAAAAAAGGUGAAGGAUAUUUAUGAGAAAGGCAUAGAAGAUGUCCUUAAGGAAAUCUCAGAGACGGUGCUGAUUGAGCUCCCAGAAGAUCACGCAUCUUCUCUACAGCAUCUUAUCGACCUUAAUAAGAAUCUUUGUAAGGAGUGGGCAAAGACGUUAGAUUAUAAAUGUAAUCUUAUUCAAGGAGCAGUCAAGGAACUGGCUAAUGUGUUAUGUGCUAUUUAUGAACGAAAAGGCCCCAAGACCAUGGAGGAACCUCUACCAGGAAUGACUGGGAAAUUCACAAGAGAACACCACAGGAGCACCACAAAGUUUGGAGAGAAGACUUUUGAAGGUCAUUUCAAAGAUAAACUAAUCAAGUUUGAAAAGGAGUUUAAGAAAUUUUAUGAACUUGUCAGCACAAAGGUUUUUGAUGCACUUAUUAAAACCACCAAGUUAUCUCUGGAGACUCUUAAAAUUAGAAUUUGUGGCACUCCUACAUACAAGACGUCCAAUUCUCACUGCAACAUGGUCCCACUAAUAAAAUCUGAAGCCCAGCUGGACAAGCCCAAUGUGAUAAUGAUUCCUAAUGUAGAUGAGAUCCAGCAAGCCAUAAAUCAAGUUACUGACUUUGUGUUGGACGUUAGCAAGGAUGUUGCUUGGCAACAGAACAGAUACAAUGACUCACAAAACAAAGGCACAAAAAAAGACAAUUUUUUCCAGUGCAUUGUUGAACACAAGGAAAUUAAAAAGGCCAUAGUCCUUCUGAAAUCAGCUAUCACCUCUGGGAGGGAAAAAACAAACGAUGUUUUGAAGCAGUUUGAUCGUUUCCGGGCCAUUUGGGAAGAAGACAAGAACCUCAAAGUCAAGGAAUUUGUGCACAGCAAUCCAUCCUUGAUCCAGUUUAAAUCUGAAAUCCAGUACUACGACUCUGUUGAGCAAGAAAUAGCUGAUAUCAAGUCUGUGAUUGUUUUUGGGUCAACUGAAAUGUCAACAGGCUCAUUAAAGAAGGUCUUGACAGCUGAGACCAAAGCCUGGAAGAAAUUGAUUUGCAGAUACCUGAAGGAGGAGUACAGGGGGAAAAUGAUCGACACUAGCUUACAUAUUAAAAAAUACUUUGUACAACUUACUCAUUCUGUUUCUAAUCUGGAAGAUGUGCGUUGUGCCAUGGAGGCCCUGUCAAAACUUCGAGAUGCCGAAAUACAAACUGACAUGACACUGAUUUCCAUAAAGGAAGCCUAUGAAAUGCUGACCCAAAGUGAAGUUGAAGUAACCAAAAGAGAAGUAGAGGGUGUGUACAACCUGAGGCAUCGCUUCACACAGCUUCAGUCUCAAGCUAUAUCAGUGCAAGAUGAGCUUGUCCGUCGGCAGCCCAGCUUCAAAAAGAAUCUCGUGGAGUGUGUUGCUGCUUUUGAAAAGGAGGUUGACACUUUCAUGCAAGAGUAUGACUCUGAAGGCCCCAUGGUUGCAGGUAUACCUCCACAUGUAGCCAGCAGGCAGCUCCAAGUCUUUAAGACUAGAUUUGAUGACCUGUGGAAAAACUCCAUCACAUAUACAUCUGGGGAGCAGCUCCUUGGCUUGCCAGUUACAGAGAAUGCCCUUCUACACCAGAAAAAAAAAGAGAUUGAUCUGCUUAAAAAACUUUAUAGUCUGUACGAUGCUGUGAUGAAAAAGAUCAAUGGAUACUAUAAAAUUCUGUGGACUCGUGUGGACAUUGAACAGAUCAAUGCAGAACUUUUGGAAUUUCAGAACAGGUGUCGAAAGCUACCCAAAGCACUGAAGGAGUGGCAAGCCUUUCUUGACCUAAAGAAGACCAUUGAUGAUUUCAAUGAGUCCUGUCCACUGCUUGAAAUGAUGGCAAACAAAUCUAUGAUGCGGAGACACUGGGACCGGAUUGGAAACUUGACUGGACAUCAGUUUGAGGUGGAUUCCAAUACCUUUACACUGCAGAACAUCAUGGAAGCACCUCUGUUGAAGUAUAAGGACGAUAUUGAGGACAUCUGCAUAUCAGCUGUGAAGGAGAAGGACAUUGAGGCCAAGUUGACACAAGUAAAGGAACAGUGGUCUGGUCAAACCCUGAACAUGAUGACGUUCAAGAAUAGAGGAGAACUGAUGCUAAAAGGGGCAGCGACAAUUGAGAUACUUACCUUCCUGGAGGAUAGUCUGAUGGUGCUAGGAUCACUGCUCAGCAACCGGUACAGUGCGUACUAUAAAACAGAGAUCCAAGAUUGGGUCUCCAAACUUUCCACAUCAUCUCAAGUUCUUGAACAGUGGAUUAUUGUACAAAACCUCUGGGUGUAUUUGGAAGCUGUGUUUGUUGGGGGUGACAUCGCCAAGGACCUCCCACUGGAGGCAAAACGAUUUCAGGAUAUUGAUAAGUCCUGGAUUAAGAUCAUGCAGAGAGCUGGAAAGGUCCCAAACGUGGUGGAGUGCUGUGUUGGUGAUAUGACUUUGGUGGAACAGUUGCCAGAACUGCAGAAACAGCUAGAGCUCUGUCAGAAAUCUCUUGCAGGUUACCUUGAGAAAAAGAGGCUUAUUUUUCCACGGUUCUUCUUUGUGUCUGAUCCGGCUCUUUUGGAAAUCCUUGGACAAGCAAGUGAUUCUCACACAAUUCAGUCACAUCUUCUUGGAAUAUUUGACAAUGUCAAUGAAGCAGAGUUUCAUCCAGCAGAAUAUAAUAAGAUCAUAGCUGUCCUCUCACAAGAAGGGGAGAGAUUACCGCUGAACAAUUCUGUCAUGGCUGAAGGAGCAGUGGAGCUCUGGCUCGGGGAGCUGUUGCAGCAACAGCAGGUGUCACUGCAUUCCAUCAUCAGAGCUUCAGAUCUGGAGAUAAAUGAUGAAGAUUUUGACCUACUUUCUUUCCUUGACAAGUAUCAAGCACAGGUGGGCUUGCUGGGAAUCCAGAUGCUCUGGACAAGAGAUGCCGAGGAGGCCCUGAGAUAUGCUGCAGAUGACAAAGAGAUCAUGCCUGUUACCAACAAGAGAUUUCUUAAUCUACUUACAGUGCUCAUUAAACAAACCACAUACAACUUAAGUAAAUUUGACAGGGUCAAAUAUGAGACACUUGUCACAAUUCACGUGCACCAGAGUGAUAUUUUUAAUGACCUGGUCAAGAAGCGUAUAAAAUGUGUCAGUGACUUUGAAUGGCUGAAGCAGAGCAGAUUUUACUUCAAGGAGGACCUGGACAUGGUUAUUGUAUCGAUCACUAAUGUGGACUUCAUUUAUCAGAAUGAGUUCUUAGGCUGCACUGAUCGUCUGGUCAUCACUCCUCUGACUGACAGGUGCUAUAUCACUCUGGCCCAGGCUCUGGGCAUGAGUAUGGGAGGAGCUCCUGCUGGGCCAGCUGGCACUGGUAAGACUGAAACCACUAAAGACAUGGGCCGCUGCCUUGGCAAGUAUGUUGUCGUCUUCAACUGCUCAGACCAGAUGGACUUCAGGGGACUUGGCAGAAUAUAUAAGGGCCUUGCCCAGUCAGGGUCCUGGGGCUGCUUUGAUGAGUUCAACAGAAUCGACCUGCCAGUGCUUUCUGUUGCAGCUCAACAGAUCUCAAUUGUUCUGACAGCACGCAAGAAACACAAAAGCACCUUCAUUUUUACCGAUGGAGACUGUGUGGAUCUGAAUCCAGAAUUUGGCUUGUUUAUCACUAUGAACCCUGGAUAUGCAGGUCGUCAGGAACUUCCUGAAAAUUUAAAAGUGCAGUUCAGGGCAGUGUCCAUGAUGGUACCAGACCGACAGAUCAUUAUGAGAGUCAAACUGGCAAGUUGUGGAUUCAAUGACAAUGUUAUCUUAGCACAGAAAUUCUUUGUCCUUUACAAACUGUGUGAGGAACAACUUACAAAACAGGUGCACUAUGACUUUGGACUAAGGAACAUCCUUUCUGUGUUAAGAACACUUGGGGCCUGUAAAAGAGCCCGCCCUGAUGACACAGAGUCAAGCAUUGUCAUGAGAGUGCUUCGUGACAUGAAUCUGUCCAAACUGGUGGAUGAGGAUGAGCCUCUCUUCCUCAGUCUUAUCAAUGACCUGUUCCCUGGAAUCCAGUUGGAUGGAAGCUCAAACACUGAUCUUCAAGCUGCUGUUGCCCAUCAAGUUGAGCUUGCUGGUCUUGUCAACCACCCUCCAUGGAACCUCAAGCUUGUUCAGCUUUAUGAGGCUUCACAGGUGCGUCACGGGCUGAUGACUUUAGGCCCAAGUGGAGCUGGGAAGACCAAAGUUAUCAACAUUCUUAUGAGAUCACUGACUGAAUGUGGAACCCCACACAAGGAGAUGCGCAUGAACCCCAAAGCAAUUACUGCUCCUCAGAUGUUUGGUCGUCUGGAUACAGCCACAAAUGAUUGGACUGAUGGAAUCUUUUCCACACUGUGGCGGAGGUCACUCAAAGCUAAGAAGGGGGAAGUCAUAUGGAUUGUGCUGGAUGGUCCGGUGGAUGCCAUAUGGAUAGAGAACCUCAACUCGGUGCUGGAUGAUAACAAAACACUGACCCUGGCUAACGGUGACCGCAUCACCAUGUCACCAACCUGCAAGCUGGUGUUUGAGGUUCACAACAUGGACAAUGCCUCCCCUGCCACGGUGUCACGGGUUGGCAUGGUAUUCAUGAGCUCUUCAGCUCUCAGCUGGAAACCCAUACUGCAGGGAUGGAUCAACAAGUGCAAUGCAAAAGAGGCAGACGGCAUUAUGCGUUUGUAUGACAGGAUGUUUGAAGAUGUUUACUUGUAUAUGAAGCAAAACCUUAAACCCAAAAUGGAGCUUUUGGAGUGUAACUACAUAAUGCAGUCUGUCAAUCUGUUGGAGGGCCUCCUUCCAACCAAAGAUACAGGAAGAUUUGCUGGAAACAAGUACCUUGAGCGCCUUUUUGUCUUUUGCCUGAUGUGGAGCCUUGGAGCUCUUUUGGAAUUAGAAGACCGGGAUAAGCUGGAGGUCUACAUAAGAGGUCAUGAGAGCAAAAUGGAUUUGCCUCAAACCAAGCCAGGAGAAACUAUGUUUGAGUACAUGGUCAACACAAAUGGUGAAUGGUGUCACUGGAACAGCCUUGUGGAAGAGUAUGUCUAUCCAACUGACCAUGCGCCAAACUACACCUCCAUUCUCGUGCCAAAUGUGGAUAACACAAGAACCUCUUUCCUGCUAGACACUAUUGCCAAGCAACGCAAGGCUGUUCUGCUCAUUGGUGAACAAGGAACAGCUAAGACAGUGAUGGUCAAAGGCUACACAAAGAAAUACGAUCCUGAGAUAGACUUGUUCAAGUCACUGAACUUCUCAUCUGCCACUGAACCCAUGAUGUAUCAGAGAACAGUGGAAAGCUACAUUGAGAAAAGAGUUGGCAGCAUGUAUGGACCCCCAGGAGGGCGCAGGAUGACGAUUUUCAUUGAUGACAUAAAUAUGCCCAUUGUCAAUGAAUGGGGAGAUCAGAUCACAAAUGAAAUUGUCCGCCAAAUGAUGGAAAUGAAUGGCAUGUACAGUCUGGACAAACCAGGAGAUUUCACCACGAUUGAGGAUGUACAGAUAAUGGCUGCCAUGAUUCACCCUGGUGGUGGAAGAAAUGACAUCCCACAAAGGCUGAAGAGACAGUUUACAGUCUUCAACUGUACUCUGCCAUCCAACACCUCCAUUGAUAAGAUUUUUGGUGUAAUUGGUUCUGGAUUUUUCCAUGAAUGCAGGAAUUUCAAGCCACAUAUAUCAGCUAUGGUUAAGCGUCUUGUGUCUGCCGGGAGGAUUUUAUGGCAGUGGACAAAGGCAAAAAUGCUUCCCACACCAUCAAAGUUUCACUACAUCUUCAAUUUGAGAGACUUGUCCAGGAUCUGGCAAGGAAUGUUAAACGUUAAUGCAGAGGAGUGUAACAGCAUCCCCGCCCUGCUGGCUCUUUUCAAGUGUGAAUGUACAAGAGUUAUAGCAGACAGGUUUAUCUGCCCUGAGGACCGAGAUUGGUUUGAUAAGGCUGUGUCUCGUGUGAUCCAAGAGCAUAUUGACCCAAACCUUGUCCCAGAACUUCAUCCUGAGCCGUACUUUGUGGACUUUCUUCGAGAUGCACCCGAGCCAACUGGAGAAGAAAGCGAGGAUGCUUGUUUUGAUGCCCCUAAAAUCUAUGAACUGGUACCAAACUUGAAAUUCUUGUCAGAGAAAAUGAUGAUAUAUCAAGCUCAGCACAAUGAGACAGUAAGAGGCGCCAAGCUGGAUCUGGUCUUCUUCAAAGAUGCAAUGACUCAUCUUGUCAAGAUCUCACGAAUCAUUCGUACUGACAAUGGAAAUGCACUUCUUGUUGGAGUGGGAGGAUCAGGGAAACAGAGUCUUACACGCUUGGCCUCAUACAUAGCUGGAUACAGCAUUUUCCAGAUCACACUGACCAGAACAUACAACAUGGGUAAUUUCAUGGAUGACCUGAAACUGUUGUAUAAUAAAGCUGGAGCUGAGGGCAAAGGCAUCACCUUUAUUUUUACCGACAAUGAAAUCAAGGAUGAGGCCUUCCUUGAGCACCUCAACAAUGUUCUUUCUUCAGGAGAGGUCUCCAAUCUUUUUCCUAAAGAUGAAAUACAAGAGAUCACCCAGAAUCUGAUCCCGGUUAUGAAGAAGGAGUUUCCUCGUGUUCCACCAACUUUUGACAACCUUUACGACUAUUUUAUAUCCCGGUCAAGAAAGAACCUACAUGUUGUUCUCUGCUUCUCACCAGUGGGACAGAAAUUUCGCUCCAGAUGUCUAAAGUUUCCAGGCUUGAUUUCUGGCUGCAUAAUGGACUGGUUUACCCCUUGGCCCAAUGAGGCUCUAGUUGCUGUAUCCACCCAUUUCUUGUCAAACUUUCAAAUGGUUUGUUCCCCUAAUGUGAAGACUUCAGUGAUGACUGCCAUGGGAACUUAUCAUAGCAAAGUAUCUGACAUAUGUGAAAGAUACUUCGAAAGGUUUCGAAGAAGAGCACAUGUCACUCCUAAAUCUUAUUUGUCAUUUAUAAAUGGUUACAAAACGCUGUACACUGAAAAGUACAAUACUAUCAACACACUGGCAGAGCGCAUGAAUGUUGGAUUGGACAAACUGAUGGAGGCCAGUGAGUCUGUCGCAAAACUAUCAAAAGAACUUGUGGUAAAGGAAAAAGAGCUUGCUAUAGCAUCUGCCAAAGCUAACCAGGUGCUGGCAGAGGUGACAGUCAGUGCUGAAGCUGCUAAUGUUAUAAAGAAUGAGGUCCAAGUUGUAAAGGACAAAGCCCAGAAAAUUGUGGAUGACAUUGAGAAAGAGAAAGCUGUGGCUGAAGAAAAGUUGAAGGCAGCCAAGCCUGCUUUAGAAGAGGCUACAGCUGCACUGAAUACCAUCAAGCCUGCUGACAUCGCCACUGUGAGAAAAUUGGCCAAACCUCCACAUCUGAUCAUGAGGAUUAUGGACUGUUGUCUGCUUUUAUUUAACAAAAAGUUAGACUCUGUUUCAGUUGAUCCCGAACAUCAUUGUAUUAAACCGUCAUGGGGAGAAGCACUGAAGCUUAUGAGUGGUACUGGUUUUUUGACAUCGCUUCAGCACUUUCCAAAGAACAGUAUUAAUGAAGAAACCAUUGAACUGAUGCAGCCAUAUUUUGACAUGGAGGAUUACACAAUGGAAAAUGCUAAGAAAGUGUGUGGUAAUGUUGCUGGUCUGCUUGGAUGGACCCGUGCUAUGGCCUCAUUCUAUGCUAUCAACAAGGAAGUGUUGCCACUCAUGGAUAACUUGUGUGUUCAAGAAAAACGUUUAUGUGUGGCUAACAAUGAGCUGUGGAAGGCUGAGGCUGUGCUGGCUGAAAAGCAAGCAGAGUUGGACAAAGUCCAGGCCAAAUGUGACGCCGCUAUGAAAGAGAAACAGGACUUGUUGGAUGGUGCCGACAUGUGUAGGAAUAAAAUGAAGACUGCAUCUGCACUUAUUCAUGGACUCAGUGGAGAGAAAGUUCGCUGGAUAGAGCAGCUCGAAGAGUUUAAAUCACAAAUAAACAAACUUGUUGGUGAUGUGCUCCAACUCGUCGGCUUCUUGUCGUACUGUGGUCCGUUCAACCAGAGUUUCCGUGAAAUGCUGUUGAAGGAUAUUUGGGAGGCAGAACUUCGGGAACACAAAAUUCCUUUUACAGAUAACCUCAACAUAAUUUCUGAUCUGGUGGAUCCUCCCACUAUAAGUGAGUGGAACCUUCAAGGACUCCCAGGAGAUGACUUGUCUGUUCAGAAUGGCAUCAUUGUCACAAAAGCAACCAGAUAUCCCCUCCUCAUCGAUCCACAAACUCAGGGAAAGGCUUGGAUUAAGAAAAAAGAAGAAGCUAACUCACUUCAAGUCACAUCACUGAACCACAAGUUCUUUCGCACUCAUUUGGAAGACUGUCUCUCCAUGGGACGCCCGCUGCUUAUAGAAGAUAUAUGUGAAGACCUGGACCCUGCCCUGGACAAUGUUCUAGAGAAAAACUUUAUCAAAUCUGGGACCAGUUUUAAGGUUAAAGUAGGGGACAAAGAGAUAAAUGUAAUGGAUGGAUUCCAGCUCUACAUCACUACCAAACUGCCUAAUCCAGCUUACAGUCCGGAAGUGAGCGCCAAAACAUCCAUUAUUGAUUUCACUGUGAACAUGAAAGGCCUAGAGAACCAGCUGUUAGGUCGAGUCCUCCUUAAAGAGCAACAAGAACUAGAGGCCACAAGAGUGAUGCUAAUUGAGGAUUUAACUGCCAAUAAGAGAAAGAUGCAGGAGCUGGAAGAUAACUUGCUGUACAAACUCAGCACCACAAAAGGUUCCUUAGUUGACGAUGACUCCAUGAUUGGCAUUCUGAGCACAACUAAGCAAACUGCUGCUAUAGUUAGCGCAAAGCUCAGUGUUGCAGCUGAAGCAGAAAUGACGAUCAAUAUAGCUCAAGCAGAAUAUCGUCCUGUGGCUUCUAGAGGCAGCAUCCUUUACUUCCUCAUCACAGAGAUGAGCAUGGUCAAUGUCAUGUACCAGACCUCCCUGGGUCAGUUCCUGAAAAUCUUUGAUUUGUCACUUGAAAGGUCUGAGAAGUCUUGGAAAACUCAGAAGCGAAUCGCGAACAUAAUUGAAUAUUUGACAUUUGAAGUGUUUAGAUACACAGUCAGAGGCCUUUAUGAAAAUCACAAGUUCAUUUUCACACUCUUGCUGGCCCUCAAGAUUGACUUACAGAAUUACAAAAUAGAACAUAACAAAUUUCAAAUUCUUAUCAAAGGUGGUGCAGCUCUUGACCUGAAGACCUGUCCAUCAAAGCCAUUCAGUUGGAUCCAGGAUAUGGUAUGGCUGAACUUGGUGGAACUCAGCAAACUGCCACAGUUCGCUAACAUUAUAAACCAAGUGUCCCAAAAUGGGAAAAACUGGAAAGCAUGGCUAAGUUUUGAGGCCCCAGAGGAAGAUGUCAUUCCAGAUGGAUACAACUCCCUUGAUGUCUUUCAUAAACUUUUGUUGAUAAGGUCUUUUUGCCCAGAUCGUACCUUGUCUCAGGCCAGAAAAUAUGUGGAAAACUCAAUGGGCACGAGAUUUGUUGAGCCUGUUCUCCUAAACCUUCACAGCACAUGGCAGGAGAGUGACCCUGGUACACCGUUAAUAUGCUUCCUUUCAAUGGGCUCAGAUCCCAGUGACCAAAUCGAAGUACUUGCCAAAAAACUUAACUUUGCAUGCCGAGCAAUAUCCAUGGGGCAAGGGCAAGAAGUGCAUGCAAGGAAGCUCGUCAAGACAUCAAUGACAGAGGGAGGUUGGGUCCUUCUCCAGAACUGUCACCUUGGCUUGCAGUUUAUGGAUGAGCUGCUUGAAACUAUUACAACUGCAGAGCCCAUGCAUGAUACUUUCAGAGUGUGGAUCACCACGGAGCCACAUAAUCAAUUCUCCAUCACACUCCUACAGACCUCCAUCAAGUUUACCAAUGAUCCACCCCAGGGAAUACGUGCUGGUUUGGAACGGACAUUUGCAGGAAUUUCACAGAACCAGUUGGAAAUCAGUAACCUGCCCAUGUGGAAGCCUUUGCUAUACAGUGUGGCCUUUCUACACACAGCUGUGCAGGAACGACGAAAAUUUGGACCCUUAGGUUGGAACAUACCAUAUGAGUUCAAUUCAGCCGAUUUCUCUGCAAGUGUUGAAUUUGUUGAAAGACACUUGGAUGAUUGUGGCCCCAAGAAUGAUGUGUCAUGGGUGACCUUGCAAUACAUGCUUUCUGAGGUGCAAUACGGAGGAAGGGUCACUGAUGACUAUGACAGAUGCCUUUUGAAGUGUUUCGCUCGUGUGUGGUUCACUAAAAAAAUGUUUGACCCAACGUUUUGCUUUUACACGGGCUACAAAAUCCCUGUGUGUAAAACAGUAGAAGAGUACUUGGAUAACAUUCAGAACUUGCCCAUUGUGGAUUCACCCGAAGCAUUGGGGCUACAUGCUAAUGCUGAUAUUACGUACCAAACAAACACAUCGGCUGAAGUGUUGGACACAAUCACAGAUAUUCAGCCCAAGGAAAGUGGAGGGGGAUCAGGAGAUACUCGGGAGUCCAUUGUUUACAACAUGGCAGGGGACAUGUUGCAGAAACUGCCUCCAAAUUAUGUCCCACAUGAGGUUAAAGCCAGACUGACCGCAAUGGGAGCUCUUAACCCAAUGAACAUCUUCCUACGUCAGGAAGUGGAUCGAAUGCAAAGGAUCAUCUCUGUGGUGCGCGCUACUCUGGCUGACUUGAAGUUGGCUAUUGAUGGCACUAUAAUAAUGAGUGAUAACCUCCGUGAUGCUUUGGACAAUAUUUUUGAUGCCCGUGUGCCAAAACUUUGGAGAAAAAUUUCCUGGGAGUCUUCUACACUGGGCUUCUGGUUCACUGAGCUUCUUGAAAGAAACAAACAGUUCCACAGUUGGGUGUUUGAAGGAAGACCAAAAACCUUUUGGAUGACAGGUUUCUUUAACCCACAGGGUUUUCUGACAGCUAUGAGACAAGAAGUAACCAGGGCAAACAAAGGCUGGGCUCUGGACACAGUCACACUAAACAACAAAGUACUGAAGCAGUCAAUGGAAGAGAUUACAGCCUCACCAACAGAGGGAGUUUAUGUCUGUGGAUUGUACCUGGAUGGGGCUGGUUGGAACAGGAAGAACGCCCAUCUCAUUGACUCCUCUCCCAAAGUGCUGUUCACACCCAUGCCUGUUAUCCACAUGUUUGCUGUCAAAUCCACUGCCCCUGUGGAUCCCAAGCUGUAUGUCUGCCCCAUCUACAAGAAACCAAGGCGCACAGAUCUUAAUUAUAUCACAGCAGUGGUGUUGCGUACCACCAAGUCACCAGACCACUGGAUCAUGCGUGGGGUUGCCCUGCUCUGUGACAUUAAAUAAUACAACAGCA